UCGUGUAUGUAGCCACAGCGUCCACAGUGUAGGUGACUGGACUGGCGGAGGAGGAGGAGGGUCAGCGGGCGAAAUUUCUCAUGAACCGGCAGCCUCACCGGCGAGGUGUCAGCAGUAAAUGAAGCCUGGAGACUUGUCGUCGUGUCUGGUGUGACAGUUUCACUUUUAUUCGGAGCGUGUGCCGAUAAUGCCGCACGGUAAAACCGGAUGAAGUUCACCAGAGAUAUCUGCCGGUUGCUGGGCUUAGGAGGCGGGGGGCCAUGUGAGGAAGAGAUGGAGGUUCAGAAUGGAGCGCCUGACUUGACGGACAGAAGAAAAGACCAAGGCUCAUCACAGCAGGCAAUGCUGAACAGUGAGGAGGGUUUGGAUGAUGAGGAGAGAACAAGAAGGAGAGCCGAGAGGAGGAGAGCUAAAAGGAAAAGGCAGAAAGAACGGAAGAAACUGGAGAGGAUGGAGGACGCUUCAGAACAGGAAGAGGAAGUGGCUGGAGCGGUGUCAGAGAGUGACAGCGAGGAGGAAUUGAAAGAGGAGGUGAAGGAAUGGACCGCCGUUCGACCCAGAAACAAAUGCAACCCUGAAUCAGUCCCCGCCCUGGUGACCUCAGAGAACAAGAGCAACGGCCAGGUGCCCCACAGGCCCUCGGAGGAGGAGCCCGAGUGGGAUGUCAGCAGUGCAUUUGUGGCCAACGCUGCCAGCCACAUCAAAGUCAAAGCUCUGAAGAACAGAGCAAUACUGAUCUCCAGAGAGAACAACGAGAACGAGGCCAGGAGCAGCCAGGUGGAAAGCACAGAAGAAAUGAAGAGGAGGGGGGAGUCUCUGACAGUGCAGGGCAUUCAGAUGUUUGAGCAAGGCCAGUACAGCCAGGCAGUGGACAUGUUUACAGAAGCCAUCUACUGCGACCCGAGGGACCACAGGUUCUAUGGAAACCGCUCUCACUGCUAUUGGGUUCUGGAGCAGUACUCCUCCGCCCUCACGGACGCUCAGAGGUCCAUCCAGCUGGCUCCUUAUUGGCCGAAGGGAUACUUCCGUAAGGGGUGUGCUCUGAUGGGGUUAAAGCGGUACAGUGAGGCGGAGGCAGCCAUGGAGCAGGUGCUGAAGUUGGAUCAGCGCUGUAAGGAAGCAUCCGGUAAACUCUUUACCUGCCGGCUCCUGCAGCUCAUGGAGUUGGGUUUUGAGGAAGAGCAGAGUAAACUGCUGCUGGAGAAGUUCACCACCGUUCAGGCGGCCACCACCUCACCCGAGGCCAAAACACUAAAGCUCACAUCUCAGCAGGACCAGAGUGGGAGCUGUCGCUCUCUGUGGGUUGGGAACAUUACAGUGGAGGUUACAGAGACAGACCUCUGGGAUCUCUUCAAAAUGUUUGGUGAAAUAGAGAGCAUCAGAGUUCUUCAUGAGCGUUUCUGUGCCUUCGUCAACUUCAAGAAUGCCAACGUGGCUGCCAAAGCCCUUGAUAAGCUGCAGGGGGUAGAGCUGGGCAGCAGCAAACUGGUGAUGAGGUACCCAGAUCGUUGGAUCCAGCGCCCCCUGCCGCCCAUCCAAAAGAACAACACCAGCCUCAGCUCCAACGCUGCGGGAACACUGCCGAGCUCAGCUGCUAUAGGGUCCAGACGGUGUGUACCUAUCUAUGGAGACGAGUGCUUCUACUGGCGGACCACGGGCUGUUUCUAUGGCGACAAGUGCCGUUUCAAACACAUACCAGACCAACAAGGUCGAGACAAGAAACCAUGGCAUCCCUAACUGCGACCCCUGCCCUCCCAACCCCAGCAUCAGGACGCAUUAAUGAAAGAUUUAGACGGGGAGCGGGAACAAGAAGGACAGCGAGCAUGGAGUGGACACGUGAACAUGUUUGUGGGAAAGAGAGAGUCAGAUAUGGUAUGUAUGUGAUAGCCAAAGUCAGAGGUUGGGUCUCUGACACGAUGGGGUUAGAACGUCGAGAGCCCUAACCUCAGAAAUAUGCUUAAAGAAUUCACAUGAUAACGCAGAACUUCUGAUGUAAGGAAGUCCUCCAAGGAAUUUAAAUCAUUGGAAGCGUGGCUAAGAGUCUCUUGGCUCCAUUUGGAUCCGAUAAGGUUUCUGCGUGGAGAUCUCUGCUCUGUGGGAAGUAUCAGUCAUCUGUCAUCAGAAGGAUUUACUUGGACGAAUACGUUUGGUUGAACCAUAUCGGAAACACUUCUCAAAACUCAAGCUCAGUGACAAACUUUAUCUCUUUAACACCCCUCUUGGAUUACAUUGAAGUCAAGAGUUAUUUUUCAUAUUUUUUAAAGAGCAUUUCAAAUGUAUUUGAAAAAACAAACAAUAAAUCAACUAAAUUAAA